CGACUUGGUCGAGGAUACAAUGGCGAGGAGGUCCACACUGUCACCAGCGAAGCCUGCGUUUGCCCCUCCAAGUGACCCAGCGACGUAUAGCGACCUUCUCUUGUUCGAGAACCGACUGAAAGGGAACGCGCUCUCCCUCAACCGUCGAAAGUCGCGCUACCAGUUCUUUCUAGCUCAGCUCAUACUUGUCAUCUGCUUCCUGCUGUCAGAAGUUCUUCUACAGACCUCCUUUCUCAUCAUACCCUACAAGCUCGUCCUGUGCUAUGUCUUUCCCGAGGUGUAUCCCUCCACCGCGGACGUUGAUGCUCAACUUCACCCUUAUUUUACCUCCGGGUUACUCUUCGUUGCUGUCACCACACUCGUUCUCUUCCUGGCUACAGGGGUUUACGCAGAGAAGAUAGGCUACGCUAACCGCUAUGUGCCACACGCGAACCGUGCUCUCCGGAGCUUCAACAUGUUCCUAAAUAUGCGCACUGCACCCCGAAGGUCAACCUUGAACCCACUCUCCUACCUCUUCGCCCGCCCUCCACCCACCCCAACACCCCCAAGCCGUCCAUCCUCUCGAUCUCCGACGCCUUCGGGCACUCCCGCAGGCACACCAAAUAGACGCACCCCGUCUCCAUCCCCCUCUCCAGGUCGGCGAACACCCACGCCUACCCGACAACCGCGUACUUCAGAUCCGCAACUAAGUCUGAAUCCGGUGACGUCCAAUAUCGGUACGACCAACAUCCCUGCGCUGCCUAUACCAACGAUUCCACCAACGACAAACCCACGAGGCGAACUCAUUUUCUCUUCUCGAGUGGACCGUACCUUUCGGGAUGGUUAUGCGAAGUAUAGAGCUGCUUUUGAGCGGAGACGGGAGCAGAGGGAGAGAGAAGCGUGGGAGAAGACAUGGGUGGGAUGGAUGAGCACCGCAAGGGUUUGGCCAUGGAACUGGAGGAGGUCAGGAAUUAUCGCUGAGAAAGGACUUGAAGGUGGCGGGGCAGGGGGCGCUGGAAGUAGUACGCCGACGAGUAGGGCUGCGUCGCUGAGAGAGAAGGGAGAACUGGGUGUGGGCGGAUCACCGAGCAGGACGGGAUCGGCUCGUGGGCGAGGACAGAGGACAGGCGGAGACAAUACCACCCCCACCUCUUCGCGUCGUUCAACUCCCGUGCCCCCGUCCCCAGCGUCUUCUCUUCCAUCAGCGCAGCAGGCGCACGCUUUGGGAGCUACGUCGAGGCCACCACCGGGGUAUCUUUGACUUUGGAGGUGGAAUGAGCAGGUGCAUACGGAGGCUCAUUGGUGUAUGACAGAUUGGGGGACUUGUUCGUUGUAGAUAUAGACGUUAUGAAAGAAACGAUUGACUGGCUAGGUAAUGUACAUUGUAUUCGCUGCUGCUAAUUUACACG